AUGUAUCACGGUCCUCCCCUCUCCCCGCAAUUCCUUCUUCUAGGAAAACGUGAAACUAACGGUUUCCGUGGCGGCCGGGCCGACCGGGCACCGGGGCUCCGCGGGCUGUCCCCGGGCCCCCGCGCCCCGGAAAACAAAGGGGAUUCCCAGCCAUUGUCCUCCGCGGCGCUGAGCAUCACCAGCACUAGCAAGGCAGUAGCUUGCGCAGUUAUCUCCACAGCGGGCAAUGUCACAACCCGACCAACAGCACAAACUACUACCUCAGCCAGGGCCAUGGUGUCGGGGAGGCACGGGACCACGCGGAGGGCAGCGAAGCGGCGCCGGCGCUCCUCCGUCCUUCCUCCGCCGCCGACGUCGGCCCGCGCCCCUUCUCUUCCUUCCCUUGCCCGCCGCGCCCGGAGACCCCGCCCAGCGCCGCGCGGCUCGGCAGCUCCCGGCGCGCCCCGAGAGCUCCGGGAGCAGAGGCGGCGCCGGGGAGGCCGGGGCCGGCGUCCUCUACCAAGGGGCGGCCAAAGCGCAAUGAGACGCCAACUGAAGCUGGACGGUCCCCGGGAGGCAGCGAGCAGCGCUCCUGCGCUCUGCCCGCCAGGAGCUCCGGCCACGUCUCGGGGCUGCGCUGCCCGCGCCCCUCCUCGCCCGCAGCCCGGGUGGGGGCUGGGCGGCGGCCGGGCCACCCCCGCCCCGCUGCCGCACCCGCCGCCCAGCCCGCUCUCCGCGCCGGCGAACGCCGGGGCGCAUUCCGCAGGGGCGGCCACCAGCUCCGGCACCGGGAGGAAGAAACCGAGGCAGAGCUGGGAAGUCCCCAGGCCACCCGUUCCCCAGCAUCCUUCAGGGAAAUCCCGUACAGCUCUGCAGGAGGCGAACAGAAUAAACAAAAACCCUGUAAAAUUGAAACCGGCCGGGCGGCGGGCUAGGUGGCGACGGCGGCGACUCGGCGCGCGCGGACACACGACCCAUCUCGCGCUCCGCUGCUCCAAUGCGUCCGGGCGAACCAUAGAGAUCACUUAAGGAGGCUCGCGCGCUACUCCCCACCACGUGACCGCCCCGCCAGGCCGCCCCCCGCGCCGCCAUCUUACAUCCGGGACAUAGGAGGCGUACCCUCUCCCCGCCUAGGCGAGCUCCGACGUGCCACUAGAAAUCAGCCCUGAAAGGGGGGACCCCGAUUCCACGUCACUGAAGUGCUGAGGCCGCGGGCCAUGCCCUUAGUCCGCUCAGCGGGGUAACGUGGAGCCCCAAGCUUUCCCCGCUCUUUGCCUGCAAAAAAAAUGGCGACGCCUACUGUCGCCUAAGUGGACACGUUGUACUCUGGCCGGAGUUUAAAGUUUCCGGCACCUCCUUUCCUCUCCGGCAAGGACACCAACCAUAAGCGCCCCACCCCCGCAGCGUGGCCACUGUGCUACAUUCCUCAGAAAACAGGCGGGAAAGCUGCUAC